AUGUACAUCACGCACUUGAUUCUCAAAGAGGGACAACCGAUUACCACGUACGACGAGUUCGCCAAGGAAUGGCGUUUUCUCGAGUACAUGGAGAUCGAGCACUUCAGUUCAUCUUUACCCUUGAGGACGUUCGCUACACACUUGGUGUUGGACAAGCGCACGAUGGCCGAAGAAAGCAAGUACAUCUACCUCGCGCGCAAUCCUUGGGAUGUUUGCGUGUCCAUUUACCACAUGACGACUAACCUGAGCAGUUACGAAUUCCAAAAUGGAACGUUCGAUGAUUUCGCCCACGCUUUCAUGAGCGACGACAUCGGCUUCGGCGACUACUUUGAACACGUAGCAGCGGGCUAUGCCCUCAGCGAGCAGCCGAAUGUGUUCUUCGUCACUUACGAGGAACUCAAGCAGAACACCCGCGAGGUUGUCCUGAGGCUGGCGUACUUCCUUGGCGAGCAAUACGGCCGUGCCCUCGAGCAGCACGAAGCGUUGCUUCAAAAAGUGCUGGAGAGAUCGCAGCCCGAUUACAUGCGCAAUGUGGUGGUUGUUGACUUGAGUGGCAGAGGCGACAACCAGUGGAACGAGGUACUUUCGGGCAAGCAGGUCACCUGCAGCAGUGGCUACGAAGGAGACGAGAACAAGUACGCGUACGUGAGAACUGGCAAAGUGGGAAGUUGGAGGGAGUACUUCACGCCGGAUCUUCUCCGAAAGAUGGAAAAGCGUAUUGUGGAGGCGGAGAAGAAGUCUUCCUUCAUGGACCUCUGGAAGGACGUCCGAGCCGAAGCUUUCAAAGCCAUGCAGGAUGCCGAAUAA